GGAAAGCUUCUCUUUUACAAGCUGUUUUUUUCUUCUUCUUCUUGUGUUGGCUGCUUGCGUUUUUUUGCUGCAGAUUCCUCCUCGCUUUUUGUUUUACCGUGUCAUCGCCCUUGUCUAGUGUUCGAUGGAUAGAAAGACCGAAGAGGAAAGUAAAAGACGCGACAACAGGGACCCCCGCCUCUCCCUCUCUUUAACCGGUGGCAGUCGAACUCUUGCUCGUUGCCGUGUGUGUGUGUGUGUGUGUGGAGUCUGCAACUUUAACGCAUGCAUGAGAAACUGAGUUGCUCACCCCUCCCUCUUUGGAUUGUUAUUACCGACCAACGUGCUUCUCGAAGCAUCCUCCUUAUCAAAAGCACAAGCGAAAGAAAUACAAAAAGCUCUGCUUUUCAAUUCAAUACGCUUCCUCGCGUCCAGCAAUGGAGCAACUCCUGCGGAUACUCUACACUAAGUCGUUGUGUUCACUUCAAGCCCGCUCUUAUGUAUCGCGGCCCUUUUGUUUUUUGGGCAUGGGCGCAUUCGUUGUCAAGUAGAUGAAACACAACAUCAACAACCAAAAAAGAGGAACUGGACGUCUUCAGUUUUUGAAGCGACGCGUGAACGACGGGGCUUACUGCUGAAGGUGCUGCUGAGGUCCUCUACCGUCCGGCCACCUUGAAUUGUGUGGCUUCUUUUGGCGGUUACGCAUUCAUCUACCCUUUGUAUUCUCUCAAUGUCGCAUCUCUUUCUUCUGUUCUUUUCGUUUUGUUUCUUCCCAUCUCUCUCCUGCUCGUAGCUUCCAUUCCCAUUCGAGCUUUUCCGUUGUGCACACGCGCAUUUACCGAACCGCAUCAACACCACUCGCCGGAGUCUCUCACUCUCUCCUCCUUUCACCCUCUGUAGCACCAUGUGCGAGGCGUACAACGAGCUGGAGGAAACGUUCCAACGGCUCUACCGCUUCCACCACCUCGCCCAGCUUGCGACAUGGGACGUGCAGACGAUGAUGCCGCCGAAGGGCUCCAACGCUCGUGGGGCGGCCAUUGCAGAGCUGAAGGCAGUCACGCAUGAUCUUCUCACCAGUGAGCACACAAAGAAGCUGCUGGCCGUGGCGGCGGCGGAGGCGAAGUUAACCGCCGCUGAGCGCGCCAACCUGCGUGAGAUGAAGUACCGGCACUUGUCGGAAAGGGCCCUCCCAAAAGACUGUGUGACCCGCAAGGCGAAGUUGAGCGCCGAGUCCAGCGUGACUUGGGCCAAGGCGCGCGCCGAGAACAACUUCUCUCUUUUCGCCCCAUAUUUGAAGCAGGCGGUCGCGAACGCGCGCGAGGAGGCGCGCUACCGUGGCGCGGUCUUCGGCACAGGGCUGUACGAGUCUCUCUUCAACAUGUACGAGUCAGGCAUGACGCUGGACAGCGUAGAUGCCAUUUUUCAAGACAUCAAGGUGUGGCUGCCGCCCACGCUGAAGCGCAUCCUGGCGAGUCAGAAGGAGCGUGCCGCGAGCAUGAUCCCUUUGCACGGGCCGUUCCCAGUGGAGAAGCAGGUUCCGUUGUGCCGGUACAUGGCCGAGACGUGGGGCUUUGAUUUUGAGGGCGGCCGGCUGGACCCGAGCGCCCACCCCUUCACCGGCAUGACGCCGGAAGACACGCGCAUCACCACCAACUACAGCACCGCCACCUACACCAAGGCGAUGUUCAUGACCAUUCACGAGACGGGGCACUCCCGCUACAACGUCAACCGAGGCCCGACGGACAAGCGCGGCCAGCCCGUCGCCGACGCCCGCUCGCUGGUGAUACACGAGAGCCAGUCCCGCCUUGGUGAGGUGGCCGUCGCGCGCUCCGCCGCCUUCGCCGAGUACGCGACGCCUGCACUCCGCCGCUUCCUCGGCGACGAUCCAGCCUUUGCAUCCGUGGAGAACGUGCGGCAGGUGCACCAGCACGUUGAGCCUGGCUACAUACGUCUCACGGCGGAUGGGGUGUGCUACCCGCUGCACAUUCUUCUGCGCUACGAAAUCGAGCGAGAUUUGAUUGAGGGAAGGAUGGAGGCGGAGGACGUGCCGCGUGUGUGGAACGAGAAGAUGCAGCAGUACCUUGGCCUGUCGACGGAGGGUAAGGACAACGUGGGAUGCCUGCAGGACAUGCAUUGGUCCACGGGCACACUCGGCUACUUCCCGACCUAUACGCUAGGCUCCAUGCUGGCGGUACAGUUGAUGGCCGCCAUUAAACGUGAGAUUGGUGAGAACACGGUGAACGAUGCGAUUCGCACGGGUCAGCUGAAGCCGAUCUUGGAGAAGCAGAAGGAGAAGAUCUGGGACCACGGCUGCCGUUACCUCACCGAUGAGCUCAUUCGCAAGGCGACUGGAGAGCCGCUGAAUCCACAGUAUUUCAAGGACUAUAUCGAACGACGUUACCUCCGCGGUGAGGACUGA